AUGUCAUAUUUUACCCUUAUUUUACUUUGUCUGUAUUGUUUAAAAACUACUUCUCAGUCUAUUAACAAUGAUUUCACCUUUGAACUUAUUCAUCGCGAUUCUUUUAAGUCACCAUUCUACAACUCUACACAAACUGAAAUUCAAAAAGUUUUCAAUGAAGUCCAACGUUCUAUCAAUCGUGCCAAUUAUAUCAACAAAGAAUUUUCUCCAACAAAAAAUAAAUUUGAGUUUUCUUUACCUUAUGAAUAUGUCGGUCAAUAUCUCAUGAGUUAUUCUAUUGGUACCCCUCCAUUUAAGGUUUACGCUUUUUUAGAUACAGGUAGUAACUUAAUUUGGCAUCAAUGCAAACCUUGUAAUAUAUGUUACAACCAAACCUCUCCUAUUUUCAAUCCUUCAAAAUCUUCGAGUUACCAAAAUAUUCCUUGCUCUUCACGAUCAUGCAAAACUAUGGCAUAUGCUUCUUGUUCUUAUGGUCGAGAUAAAUGUGAAUAUACAUUAGAUUAUGGUCAUGGAACAAAGACACAUGGAGAUCUUAUCAUGGAGACUCUUACAUUGGAAUCAACCUCAGGGUCUAUUGUCUCAUUUCCUAAAAUUGUGAUAGGAUGUGGACACACCAAUACUCAAGGUUUUGAGUAUAACGGUAAAAGUUCGGGUAUUGUUGGCCUUGGAAAAGGGCCCACGUCAAUUAUAAAGCAAUUAGGAUCUUUAACUGAUGAUAAAUUUUCUUAUUGUUUAAUUGUAAAUGAGUUUUACAAUAUUUCUAAUUUAUCUAGCAAACUCAACUUUGGAGAUGUUGCCGUUGUGUCUGGUGAUAAAGUUGUUUCAACUCCUAUGGUCAAAAUUUUUGGAAACCAGCAAAAAGACUAUUACUAUCUAACUUUGAAGGCAUUCAGUGUGGGAAAAAAGAGAAUCAAGUACAAAGGGUUUAAACGUGAAGGAACAAAUGCUUCUACAAAUAACAUCAUAAUUGACUCUGGUACAUCUGUAUCUCGCCUCCCACGUCGUGUUUUUCAUAAGCUGGAAUCUACCGUUAAAAAAAUGGUUAAGCUAAAGCCCUUUCCAGAUCCAACAGAUUCGUUUAGCCUAUGUUAUAAUACCACUUCUAAAAAACAAAAUUUUCCUGUAAUAACUGCACAUUUUAGUGGCGCAGAUGUUAAGUUAGAUACAAAAGGCGUCUUUAAUACUAUUCUUAAGGGAAUUGAAUGUUUUGUUUUUCGGCCACAUGAUGAUGGAUUAGGCAUAUUUGGAAGCUUGGCACAAACAAACCAUUUGAUUGGUUAUGAUCUCAAAAAUAAUAUUGUCUCCUUCAAACCAACUGAUUGUACUAAAUAUUAA